AUGGUGGACACAUUGCUUUGUCAGUUUUCGUCUGAAGUGACUGUGAGCUUGUGACUUCGUGGAAGAAUUACUGGUGUUUAAAUUUUGUGCCGCAACCUUCAAAUGGAAGGCAAACAAGUUGUAACAUCUAGAAAGAGAAAACGUUUCGGCUGGUGGAAGAAACAUGCACCCAAGGCAGAGAAAGUUGUAAAGAAGUCUGAAAAGCCAUUAAAGGAGGCCCCAGAGAAAAAGAUUUCUGUAAAACAAGAAAGUACUGACAAACUUGAAAAUGAUGAAAAGAAGAACAGAUAUAUACUCUUUGUUGGAAACCUCCCAUUUUCGGUCAACGAGGAACAAGUUAAGGAUCAUUUUAGAUGCACAGAAAACAUCAAAGAAUUCCGGCUGAUGACCAAGAAAACAGGAGAAUCCAAAGGCUGUGGAUUUCUUGAGUUUGACAACAAAGCCAGCUAUUGGAAAGCCCUAAAUCUACACCACAGUGUAAUGGCAGGAAGAAAGAUAAAUGUGGAAAUAACCUGUGGAGGGGGAGGCAAAGGAGAAAAGAGAGAGAAAAAACUACGAGAGCGAAAAUCAAAGUUUCGUCAGGGAAGAAAACGAAAGUCAAAACCUACAAAAGUCAAAGCAAAUCAGAAAGACAAUUCACUUGCCAAUACAAAUAGUGAUACAUAGCAAAUGCCAAAUAUAUAUUAAUCAAGUAAAAAUAAUUUGAUAUUUAAUUGAUAUUACAAUCUUUUUUGAAGAUUUAGGAGUGUCACUGUCAGACAGGAAAUAAAGUGUAUAGAUUAGACCUAGUGCAGUAAAGGUCUAUACAAACAAGAGCCAAAAAUCUUCAUUGACGUUUAUCGUGGCCUAACACAGUCAGUGUUUUGUCAUACCACAUUUUAGAAGGUUUUAAUGAGGUUGAUUUUAUUGAAAUGCUGUGAAAGGAUUUUAAUAUUAGGAAUGUUCUCAAAUUGUGCAUGCUAAGUGAAUGGUUGAGGUUUGUAUUUUUCCUUUAUCUGUAAAUUAUUUUUGAAUAUUUUUUUUGGUUGUUGCUGAAAGAAACUGUUGCCUUUUGGAUCCAUCAGGCAGGGUAGAAAUAUAGUUCAGGUUAGACUCUGUAAAACUUAAUACUGUUGAGUUUUUGGAAAUAAAACUCUCUUGUCAAAUUA